ACCGGUAGAUAGAGGAAGAGCAGAUUAGAGGAAGAAGUCAGCUGUAUCUUCAGUAGUGUUUAGACGACAGGAACGUUUAGUUCAAUACUUAUUUCGCAAAUAGAAGCCACUUAUACAUUUAUGGUGUUUCAGUUACAUCAUGAAUGAGCCACCACCUAAAAAGCUAAAGCUAAGUGAAGCUCCCUGCUCUUCUUAUUUAGUAACAGUCCAAACAGAAACAGCAGUUGUAGCUACCAAAACACAGGAUCAUCAAAAUGCUCCAGUGGGCACGAGUCUUUCUGAGAAAACACCAAAUAAUCCAUGUUCCCAGUGUUUCAUGAAGAAAAUAAAUGAAGAAAGCUUUGUUGACAAAACAUUACUGGCAUGGGAGUUUUACCAUGAUGCUGAUGAUCGAAUGUUAAUUACUGCUCCACCCAGAUUCUGCAAGUCAACCAACAUUAAUAUGCUGAAGGAAUUUUUUGAAAUAAAACAUGACGCCAAUGGACGGCAGAUCAAGAAUGUAACAGAAGAAAAUGGAAACUAUGUGCCUCUGGAGGGGAACGUGUCAAAAAGUUGGAUGGCUUUUAAGAAAAUGAAUAUUUACAAGUGCCGUUGUGAGCCAAAGUGCACGACUGGCUUAUGUCCAUAUAGAAAAUGGUUCUAUGAACAAUUUGGUCAACAUCCUGUAAUUUCUGUCGACUUUAAAGGCUUACCGGGGACAUGCUUGGAGAGAGUCUUGAUUAGAUUGAACAGUAUUAUCCAUGAGGAAUUUAAAAAACAUUUGUAUCUGAUUACAAAAGCACCAAAAAAUGAUAAAAGAAAGAUUUGGGUCUGGUCUAAGAAAGAAUUAUGAGAAACUACAAUAUACAGAAAUUCUUGACCUAUUUUGAUGACCACAUAUGGAAAAGUAGUUGGAAUGCAAUGAAAAAUAUUGAGGAAGAGAAGAAUUUUGUAAUGGAAGGUUUUCUGUUUCUACCCAAACUUUUAUCAACCCAUUUUGAAACUCAAGAAACUGGUAAAGGAGUGUUUUUGUUCAUUGAUGAAUAUGACACGCCUGUUACCAAAGCGAUAUUUUAUGAUACGCCUGAAUCAGAUCUUAAAAAUAUUUGUCUUUUUUAGAGACUUUACGGGUAAAAUAUGUAAAGGUAGAAAGAGUGAAAGCACUUUCGAACGAACACUGAUUUGUGCUGCAAUGCCAAUUGGAGCACUGGUAUCAUUGGGUGCAAAUAAUGUAGAACAUAAAUCAUUUUUGAGCAAAAGUCACAACUAUUACAAAUUCUUUGGAUUUGUACAAGAAGUGUCAAAUUUGCUUAUGAUGCAUAAGUUCAAGACUAAAAAGUUUGAUGAUGCUAUGAAAGAAGUUGAAAUCUGGUAUAAUGGAUACCAUGUACUUGAUGGUGAUCUACGUAUAAAUAUCUACUGCCCCUUUCCAUCAUCA